AAGGUUCUUUUCCAAACGAAAACAAAAGAUCAAACGUUGUAUAAGACUUGAACUAUGACUAUCCCUACCGCUAGAACAGCACUUUCGUCAGUGCUAAAAACUACCGCAUCAAGACGUCGAUCGUUUGAAUCUAUUGCAGGGUUGAGAGCAAUUUCCCAGUCCCAUCGUUCGAAUGCUGCUCCUCGCAAAUCAUUUAGCACAGCACCGAUGAKAGACCAUCCUUUUUCRGGGCCGAAUGUUGCUGCAGAAGAAAUCGUAUCAACAAGGACAACAACGAGAAAUACUAGUGCGGAUAGCUCCAUUAAAAACCUUGAGGAUUUUGUCGAGAAAAUUCCCCACGUCGUGCGCCAGAGAAAAAUGGAGAACAUCGAUCCAGGUGCUCCGAAUGAUCCUGUUGCCAAAUUAUUUCGGUACGUAUAACUAUCUGUAGAAUGAAACGAAAACAUACCACCGUGYAUUAGAWKACAACGUACGGUAGUACAAUUUGAAUUCCUUGUCACCAACCAUGGUUCUCACAUACAAAAAUUUUGCUCCUCUCUCACGCCGAAUGUUUUUUUGUGAUUUCUGCCUUUUUUGUCUAACGAUUGAUUGAUAACUACGAUACUUGUUUGUUUCAUAAUCCAUCUACCCAACGUUGUCUCGAUGAUGUAGCCAAUCCAACCUGUCAAAAAAAGCCUGGAUGCAAUAUUCUCAUUUCGAUUCAACGAAACCAUACACGCGCAACCUGAUUGCGACCGACCACGAGACGUACACAUUGCUACUGCUAUGUUGGAAUUCUCUUGAGGAAUCGCCUAUUCAUAAUCACCCCUGCGAUGGAUGCUGGCUCCAGGUUUUGGAAGGUGAAGUUCAAGAAGUCCGCUACGAUCAUCGGCUUCAAUGCACCAUGGAUAUCGUAUACAGAAGCGGGCAGCUUUCCUACAUUACUGAUAAUACCGGCUACCACAAGGUGGGAAAUCCAUCUUCUCAGCGAGCUGUGACAUUGCAUUUGUAUGCUCCACCUUUUGAGCGUUGUCAAUGCUGGCACAGCCCUGAUGAUCUUCCUAAUAAACCUGUAGAGGGAAAGAGCGUCAACCAUUCCGAGUAUGGRCGUGUUUUGGUAUAAACGCAGGCUGUGCUACAGACUAUUCUAAAGUAUGCUUCAAGCCAAGUCACUGAAUCAUUACGCUUUGAAAAGCAAGGCUAUGAAGUAGGUAACAAAAGAASAUUUCCUAACAUAACCGCAGUUCUCAAGAAAAGGCGAAGAGUUAAUCGACCAGCAAUAACGAUUAGAUACAUUU